AUGAUAUAUUGGUAUAAGAUAAUUCUAAUCUUACAAAUUAUAAUUGGAUCACAAGAAGCAAAGGAUUUGCUAUUUCUUAAAAUUGAUUAUUUAGAUCCUGAAGUUGCUGCAAUCUCAACUAAGUAUCUUCCAAAAUCUACAACUAAUGCUUAUGCUCUAUAAAUGGAUAAAUUAAAUAAUUAAAAAAAUUUUCAAAGAUGA